AUGGGCAACACUCAAUCAGGCCCCCAAAAUGAGACGCGCCGCUCCAACCGACUUUCAAAGCCUCUAACCAAGAAGUUCAACACCUUUCAAACUUCUCAACCCCUCCGGUCGAAGUCCAAUUCAUCGCAGGCCUCAGGGCUGAUUGGGUGGCAAAAUCCUUGGGUUGGAUAUAAUAUCUCCAAUACACCCGUGGAAAAACGGAUCUCUUAUCCAAAGAAAGCCGAGAUUCCUCCUACCUUGUUUGAGGCAGAGCCAUCUGAGGAGAGCCCAACAGAUGAAUAUGCCGCCUCCACAGAUGAUCAGGCUUCUGAGAAGCAUCAAGAUCGCGCAGGCCUUUUGACAACGGGUUCCAGAAGAGAAUCGUAUCAGCCUGGAUCGCCAGAUGCAUUUUCCCCAUUCUCGCCGGUAUAUGAACAGCCAAAAAGGGCCAAUUCAAUCCAGACUCCUCUUCAGAGGCAAAAUAGUGCUGUCAAUGAAAACAGAGAUGCAACUUCUUCGAACACCCAUUUCCUGGUUGGCAACCAGCGAUUCUCAUUGACGCGCCGACGAUCACUCCUGACCCGACCUGGUGUUGCUACGAGACGCACAACGGGUGCAAUCCGGCGCGUUCCAUCGCCGAUUGGAGAGCCUAUCGACGAUCCGAGCGAGUCGGCCGUUUUGCAGUGGCCCUUGCCCUCAACCCAGAGAAUGCGUCUCCCAUCGCCAGCGCGGCCGACGAGUCCAACUGAUGCCCGAUAUACUCAACUCGGAGCUCUCAAGCUCGGAUCUCUGAGGGUGGUCAAUGGUUCAGCCUCUCCAUGCCCCAGCGAGCGCGUUUCUUUGGAUAGGCCUGGACUAGGACUUGAAAAUAUUGAAGUCGUGGGUCCUCUCAGAGGAUCUACGCUGGAGAUUCCCGCCUUAUCCGAUUUGAAGAAACCUGACGAUGUUCCCGGCAGUCCUUUCUCAUUCGAGAAGUCUCCCACUAUCACCGUUCGUUCACGGAACAAGUCCUUGUUCCCUGGAGACCCAGAUGAUGAAGAAAUCGCUCUCUGUGAUGAUACGAGGAACCAUUUGGAGAAAAGUGCUUUGGAUGGCCUUGCCCGAAGCACGUCCAGAUCCCUCAACAAAUCAGACAGUGGCUACAGCUCUGCCACAUCCGUCCACUCUAUGCAGCGAAGCCGGACUCGGGGAUCCAUUGAUUCACAGACGUCUGGCUCAUGUGGUGCGGACAGCUCAAAAAAUGUGUGGAUCUCCAAUCUCCCGACUUCGAGUCGACCAGCCGAUAGCAUACAGCGUCACUUGAGCCUCGAGGAAAGGCCCGAGAAUUACUCACGGCUGCUCCCAGCCUCUCAUCGAUGGUAUGACUCAAGCAACCCGACUCCGGUCGUUCAAACGCGAUCGCGUCGGUCGACGUUAUGUGCACCCCGCUUCACGGAAUAUCCUUCGUCUUGUGGGACCAGACUCGAAGCAAAGCCCGCUGUGGAGUCUCCGUAUCUGUCUAUGCCCCAUCACCAACAAGGCUUCACUCGGGGGCCUUUAUAUGGUGAUCGAUUGUCCGUGGACAUGCUUGAUGUCAUAUCUUCUACAGGCUCCUCAGCUAACGUGGAGAAAACCUUAAGUUACCAGAAGACGAUCGCUGGAAAUAAGGAACAACUCCGCAGGUCAGCCUCUGCUUAUCACAUCCACGAAAAGAACGAUACCUUUGUUAGUCGGCGUUCUCGAUCCAGAAGUCAGAAGGGCAGUCGUAUCUGGAGCCUGAGGCCCGGUGUUGAAGCUCCCCCGCUGCCCACGAUCCUGUCCCCGGGCGACUUGCAAAAUAAUAUCGAUGCCGAUUUAGCUGCUUCUGAGCCAAUCCGAGGCCGGCCUCGAAGCCGGAGCAACGACUACCGUCCCUGUCGGUUGACGAAAUCGCGUCCUCAGUCCGAUGUUCAUAUGACGACCUCUCCUUUUGCGCUUUAUUGA